AUUCCGGGUUGCGACGCGAUCGCGUGAUCAUCCCCACUGUUGCCCCCUUUUUUAUUCUGGAGUAUCACGUUUUUUUUUAUGUUUACGAGAAACGAACAUAUGUUAUAGUGUAAUUUUUGACAUGAGUAUUUUUUUUAGAAGAAAAAAAUACUUUUUUGAGUGUUGAAUUUGUGGUUUAUAGUGAGGCUGCUUUUUUGUAAUUUUUAUACAUGUGGAAUAUCAACUAUAUAUUGCUGAAUAAAGUCGACUGAAUUUCCUGCGGUGGCUUUAACAGACAUUUCCACGUCCUUUUUCCAUAUCUACGAGCCACUGAAACAUAUCCUUCAGUCUCCAUAUCUUUUUCUGUCCACUAUCUUUAUCGAAAACGCUGUUCGAGUAAAACAAGCGAAAUUCGUGCUUCCAAGCUUUCAUUUCUCAACUGAAGGAAAAUCUUUCAAAGGGGAUACUGAUAAAACCGAAAAAUCGUGCAACGAUGUAUAUGUGAGUUUUGUGUGUUGUGUACAUACUGUUGGAAGUUUUUGAAUAAUAAAAGUGCUCAGGGGUGUUUUAUUGGUUAACCGCCUUUGCUGGAAGAUACUGCUCUUAUUAAAUUUUCAUUUCGGAAUGGUUGGAGACAUGUGAUGUAUCGAUUUCUGAUCAACGAAUGAAUACAAUACGAAGUAACUUCCACAUUAUUACUAUUUGAUAAAUAUUUACACACAACCUAUCAAGUGCCAAAUAAUACGAAACAUGUCAGAAAGCGCGUACAACUCCCCUUUGCUCACCAGGAGACUAACAGAAUCGUGUUGUAGCUCUCCAGCUAGGAGUAUAAGGAGCCACAAUGCGGAAGACAUGUCGGACUCCGAAGGAGAAAAUGAAGUAUUGGUAACGGAAAUUCCAGGAACUCCAGAUCAAACCAUCAUAUCAGGCUGGUUGAAAUUCAGAGAUAACAAAAAAUGGAAACAGAGAUGGGGCGUCAUCACUAAACUGUCACCGGCUGCAGAUUGUCUACACCUGCAGCUGUACAGAGAUUCUAAAGACAGAUAUAAACAGGGUCAAACCAAAGCUUCGCUAUCUCUGGAACACUUUUUGGGAUUGGAGACUGGUUUUACGUUAGAUAAAGAAUCGAAUACCGUAGCUAUUUUAUGUCAAGAUGUCGUCGUUGUCCUAGCAUUCGACAAUCGGGAAAGACUUAUGCAAUGGCAGGUAAAAUUGAGUUCGCACCUCAACGACGGUCCCCAUUUUUUAGUCUUAGUGUCUUCCGCUCCACCAAAGUCCAGAUUGCCUCCGGGUCCGGCUCGGUUACACGUCCAAGAAAGGGGAUUCUGCCUAACAACUGGGGUUCCUCCCAGAGUAGCUGGUCAGUGGCUUAUUAGUAAUUUAAGAAGAUAUGGGGUAGUUGAGGGAAGGUUUUGCUUCGAGGGUGGUUCGAGAUGUAUAAAAGGUGAAGGGCUAUACGUAUUACUCACCGAUCAAGGUGAAGAAAUAACAUCAACUUUGAAAGCAGCUUCGGUAGGUAAUUUACAUUCGUCGAGAAGAAGACCCGUAUCGAGAAAUAUGUCAGUGAUGGAUAGUCCACGUCGAGGUCCUAUGCGAGCAACCGGAGGUAUUGGUUUAGAAUUAAGUGAAACGUCGCUUCUUUCUAGAGCAGAUUCACCUUAUACUGAUAUGGAAAGUAACUACGGCUGUGGGGAUAGUAUAUCCCACGAUGGUUGGGGUCCGCCGCCGAUAGAAAGAUGCAUGAGUUGCAUCAGUAAAUUAGGAGCCAUGUCUCGAUCUUCGACCGCCACUAUAACCGUGGGAGCUCCGCCCUGCUGGGAGCAUACUUGUGAUCGUCAUUCAAUCAGCAGCAGCUCGGAUAGUAGUGGUUGGAGUCAAGCAGUUACCAAACCACCAGCGAGACCUCCGAAACCGGGUACUACAUCACCGUCGCCGAAAAAACCGGCAGCGCCACCUCCGCCACAACCGUCCUACGAUAAUUACGACAUUCCUAAAAUGCCAUUUCCAGUGGAAGCCAAAGGAGACGACCACUACGACACUCCUAGGAAGCUCAAAGAAUGCAUACAAGGUUUCGGUUUUGAUACAGUUCAAAAGCCUUGCGGUUGUAUAGUGCGUAUACGUCAACCGGAACCGGAACGACCUUGUGUUUGUCAACGUUUAAUGUCCUGCUGGUCGGGUACAGAAGACGUGCACGCCAUAUACGCCACAAUCGAUUAUUCCAAGAAAACCCAACGCCAACAACCGGUGGCUACCGUUGCUAAUUACGCGAAUUUAGCCCCGAUGCCGACCGUAACCACGACGGCUGCGCAACUCACCACCAAUUACGAAAACAUGGAAUUUGCUCAAACUCUCCAAUUAUACGAAAAUAGUAAAGAAUUGGCCGAAAAAGCGAAGAGUUUAUGCGCUAAAUGCGGACACGCUCAAGAAGACUACCUCAUGAUGGAACCUUCCAAUAAACCGUCACAGCCUCAUCCGGGAUACAUUCCGAUGUCUCCGGCGGUAAAGCAACGAUUAGGAAAAGUUUUAUCUAAUAGUAAUCCGAAUCUCGGUCCGGCGCCGGAUCGUUCCAUCAAACCAUCCGGUUCGUCGAUGCUCCAAGGUACAAUCUACCAGAGGAAACAAUUAUUGGACAACGUCGAUAAUUUGGAUAUUAAAAGGAGACGAUCUAAUUCGGCUGAUUCGUCGACAGGUCGAUUCGAACCCGAACCGGAACCGGAAACGUCGCCGUGCCACUGUACCACCGCCAUAGCCGUCAGACGAUCGUCUUCGGUUCCUUGUAAAUCUAAUAGAGAUUCGUCCAGCUCGAACGAUUCGGGUGUAUUCGAAUUACCGAGAAAACCGCAGAUAUGUGCUAAUCAAACAUUACCGAGACGAUCGAAAUCUUCGGAUCCUCUCAGAGAUUUAACCUUCCAAUUCACCAAAACCGAAACCAAAUCAGCUAGUGCCGAAGCGGAAGUUCCGGUUUGUCCUUCGGGUUCGACGAGUAGCGGCACUUCGGACAUGUCGGAUUAUUUCGAGACUCUAUCCCUAUCGUCUCACAGCUCUAGCGACGCUCCUCCACCACCGAGUUGCACUUUGAGGCCGAGAUCCGGGAACGAAUAUUUGAGCAUGCAGCGACUUAUCGCUCCGGUUCCAGAGGAGCGACAUUAAACUAGUCUAUUUAGAAGCAAUAAAAAUUGAUAGGAUCUAGUACAAUUUACAUAUUACUAAUAUUAUCUUAUGUCUGUAAUCUUUUCCUGUAUAAAGGUAUUUACUUUAUAAAUAAAUUAUUCAAAUCAA